CGCACCCCCUCAGUCAGUCCCCCCCACACUCCGCUCCUCUGAUUGUCACACAGUGUUUACUACGGCUUGAAAUGUGACUCACAACACAGGCUAUCUGCUGGAGUACCGCGCUGACACACCGAGGGAUCCCGGUUCUUUGACGCGCGCCGUGCGUCUUGGCUAUUUUUCUUUUUUUGGGGGGGGGACACGCUGUUGGAGACUAUGCCCUUCUCGGCCGUGACAGUGGAUUUGUGUGCGCUUUUCUGCGCGCUGGCCAUCACGUCCUCCGCGAUGGAAGAGACCGUGAUGGACACCCGGGUGGCCACAGCUGAACUGGGCUGGACAGCGUAUCCUAAUUCCGGGUGGGAGGAGGUGAGUGGCUAUGAUGAGAACCUCAACACCAUCAGGACCUACCAGGUGUGUAAUGUCUUCGACCCCAGUCAAAACAACUGGCUCCUCACCACCUUCAUUGAUCGGCGCGGAGCACAGCGCAUCUAUGUGGAAAUUCGAUUCACCGUGCGGGACUGCAGCUCCAUCCCCAAAGUCCCCGGCUCCUGCAAGGAGACAUUUAAUCUCUACUACUACGAGACAGACGCCGUCAUCGCCACCAAAGGCACCGCCUUCUGGAUGGAGGCGCCUUACCUCAAAGUGGACACGAUCGCCGCAGAUGAAAGCUUCUCGCAGGUGGAUUUUGGUGGGCGCCUGAUGAAAGUCAACACGGAGGUGCGGAGUUUCGGUCCACUGUCUAAAAACGGCUUCUACCUGGCGUUUCAGGACUACGGGGCGUGCAUGUCCCUGCUAUCGGUCCGAGUCUUUUAUAAGAAGUGCCCGAGUGUGGUCCAGAACUUUGCAAUCUUUCCAGAGACGAUGACAGGGGCUGAGAGCACCUCCCUGGUCAUAGCAAGAGGGAUCUGCAUCCCCAACUCAGAGGAAGUAGAUGUUCCUAUAAAGCUCUACUGCAACGGAGACGGAGAGUGGAUGGUUCCUAUUGGUAGCUGCACAUGCAAGGCCGGAUUCGAACCUGACAAUGGCAACGUGUGUCGAGCCUGCCCGCCGGGUACCUUCAAGUCAGCCCAGGGUCCUGGUCUGUGUCUCCAGUGUCCCUCUAACAGCCGCUCAUCAGCUGAGGCUGCCACCGUCUGUGUGUGCCGCAACGGCUACUACCGCGGGGAUGCUGACCAGCCGGAUGAACCCUGCACAAGUGUCCCAUCCAGCCCGAGGAACGUGAUCUCCAUUGUGAAUGAAACCUCUGUGAUCCUGGAGUGGCAUAGCCCCAGGGAGACGGGCGGCCGCGGCGACGUCGUCUACAACAUAGUGUGCAAGAAGUGCCGGGCCGACCGGCGCUCCUGCUCCCACUGCGACGACAACGUGGACUUUGUCCCGCGGCAGCUGGGUCUGACCGAGACCCGGGUGUUCAUAAGCAACCUGUGGGCUCACACUCUCUACAGCUUCGAGAUACAGGCUGUCAACGGAGUUAGUAAUAAGAGCCCGUAUCCCGCCCAGCAUGUCUCCAUAGACAUCACCACCAAUCAGGCCGCUCCCUCCAUAGUUCCGAUCAUGCACCAGAUCAGCUCCACCAUGAACAGCUUCACGCUGUCCUGGCCCCAACCUGAGCAGCCCAAUGGCAUCAUUCUGGACUAUGAACUGCGCUACUACGAGAAGGACCAUGCAGAGAUUAACUCCACCAUCCUCCGGAGCCAAACUAAUACCGCACGUGUGGAGGGCCUCAGGCCGGGUACGGUCUACGUGGUGCAGGUGCGGGCACGGACUGUAGCCGGCUUUGGCAAAUACAGCAGCAAGAUGUGCUUCCAAACCCUCACAGAUGAUGACUUCAAGUCGGAGCUGAGGGAACAGCUUCCUCUGAUCGCGGGGUCGGCUGCGGCAGGAGUCGUCUUCAUCGUUUCCCUUGUGGCCAUCUCCAUCGUGUGCAGCAGGAAAAGGGCGUACACCAAGGAGGCGGUGUACAGUGACAAGCUGCAACAUUACAGCACAGGAAGAGAACUCUCUUUGCGAGCCGACAUGUCUAACUGCCCCUCCCCACUGGGCUGCCCGACCCACUUCUCAGGCUCCCCGGGGAUGAAGAUCUACAUCGACCCCUUUACCUACGAAGACCCCAACGAAGCUGUGCGGGAAUUUGCCAAGGAGAUUGACGUCUCCACUGUCAAGAUCGAGGAAGUCAUUGGUGCAGGUGAAUUCGGUGAGGUGUACAAGGGCCGUUUGAAGCUGCCGGGUAAAAGGGAAAUCUAUGUCGCCAUCAAGACCCUGAAGGCAGGCUACGUCGAAAAGCAGAGACGGGACUUCCUGUCUGAGGCGUCAAUCAUGGGCCAGUUCGACCACCCCAACAUUAUCCGUCUGGAGGGUGUUGUCACAAAGAGCCGUCCUGUCAUGAUUGUCACAGAGUUUAUGGAGAAUGGCGCUCUCGACUCGUUCCUCAGGCAAAAUGAUGGCCAGUUUACCGUGAUCCAGUUGGUGGGAAUGAUGCGUGGGAUCUCAGCAGGGAUGAAGUACCUCUCAGAAAUUAACUACGUCCAUCGCGACCUGGCAGCACGAAACAUUUUGGUCAACAGCAACCUGGUGUGUAAAGUCUCCGACUUUGGCCUGUCACGCUACCUACAGGAUGACACCUCUGAUCCCAGCUAUACCAGCUCUCUGGGCGGGAAGAUCCCAGUGAGGUGGACGGCGCCGGAGGCCAUUGCUUACAGGAAGUUCACCUCAGCCAGUGACGUGUGGAGCUACGGCAUCGUCAUGUGGGAAGUGAUGUCGUUUGGAGAGAGGCCUUACUGGGACAUGUCCAACCAAGAUGUGAUUAAUGCCAUCGAGCAGGACUACCGUCUGCCACCGCCCAUGGACUGCCCCAGCGCCCUGCACCAGCUGAUGCUCGACUGCUGGCAGAAGGACCGCAACGUGCGACCCCGCUUCACCGACAUCGUCAGCACCCUGGACAAGAUGAUCCGUAACCCUACCAGCCUCAAAGCUGUGGCCAACAUCCCUGCAGUGCCUUCUCAGCCACUGUUGGACAGAUCCAUACCUGACUUCAACACCUUUAGCACAGUCGAGGACUGGCUCACCGCCAUAAAGAUGAGCCAGUACAGAGACAACUUCCUCAACUCAGGCUUUACCUCCCUGCAGCUGGUGGCUCAAAUGACCUCAGAGGAUCUGCUGAGAAUAGGAGUGACCCUGGCCGGCCACCAGAAGAAGAUCCUCAGUAAUAUCCAGUCCAUGAGGGUGCAGAUGAGCCAGGCGCCCAUCACCAUGGCAUGACUACAGGGGGCGCCGUGCCACGGGACGGGCAGCAUUCGCAGGACCAACAACAAUGGCAGCCCUCGAAUGACCCCCGAUCCAUCGGAACGCGCCAGAGUUGAGACUAUUGUCUUAAUCUAAUUCACUACCAUGACAACAGGAGACCAGGGUCUACACAACCAUAUGGUUAACAGCUAUCACACUUCAUGCAAUCCACACCAGGAGUUCAGGGUCCAGACUUGAUACUGUUUCUCUACUUGUCCACGGACGGGAAGGUAGACGUCACUUGCUGUGGUUAUGAACAGCCAUUCAUGUCAUUGUGAACCAAAAUAACACAACAACAAUCAAGACAUCAACACAGGGACUCACUCACAAUUUCAGACUGUACGAUGAACUGAGUGCUGUUGUACUUCUAUAUUAUCUGGACUAGAAGAUGUUCAAAUUGUAAACAGAAGCGUGAGACACUUUGAAACAACGUGUGACCUGUGAUUUUAUUUCCAUACUGUCGUCAAUGUGUGCAAUGAAGAUGCCUUGACCUGGCCAGAAAUAAGAAAAAGCAAUUACCAGUAGGAAUAAUAGGAGGGAGGAGAAUACAGGGAUGUACAGAGGAGCACCAUCGUCAACUUUCAUAUCAUCUUUUGCUUGUUAGAAAGACUUGAAAAAUCGAAAAACUGAAAUGGUAAAAAUUCAGAGCUUAGUUAUAUUUCGGUCUUCGAACAUCUGUUUGUUUGUUUGUUUGUUUUUAUCACUAUAGCAAGAUGCCGUCCACUUGUAUUUUAACUUUAACACUACCUGUGGAGACCUGGGUGGAAGGCCUUGCCAAAGGACUUCUUAGCCAGCCCCACCCAGAUUCAGAGAUUAUAAAUAUGUUUAUCUCUUGCUAAAUAUGAUUAUAUCUUUCAUAAUUAACCUUCAUAUUGAAGGUGAUAUGUAUGAAUAUGUAUGUACAGAACUCUCUGCUUGCAUUUUUGGCAAAGACAUGUUUGUUGAUUAGAUUGUUAUGAUUAGACACAUGCAAUGUGUAGAUUCCCACGGUGCCCUGGUUCCCCUCCGGACGACUGUAUAAUGGACACUGGCUUGUGCGUCUCCCUGUUCCAGGGGGACGAGGACAAUCCUGACUGAAUCUUAACUGAAAGGAAUCAUGGGUGAAUAAUUGGUAUUGUAGAUCUAUAUGAAAAUUGCUGUAGGCGUUUAAAUAAUUGACAAAAUAUCCAUUUAUUGGAGAUCAUGUUAAAUGUGGGUGUACACAUGCUGUUUCUUGCUGGUGAGCACUUACUUGUACAGAUAUGGUUUAUGUUUUCUUUUCCUUUUGAUCUGUUGUUGUUUGUGUCGGGAGUGUUCAGCACCAUCCAGAGGGGAAGGAAACUCCAAGCACUGGCUGGCUCAAAUUUACGACUGCGGGAGACUUACACACACAUUAAACAGCACAGACACAACACUUCAUAUUCACACACACACACAUACACACUCACACACACACUCACACACAAAACACACACUGGGGACCCAGAAGAAUUGCUGUUGCCAGCUGACCCAGAGGAAGACCAGGACCAGUCACAACCUCCCUAUGGUACAAAAUGGUGGAGCUGAAUAUGACUGCACACUUCAUAAUUUGUUUAUUUGUAUAUGUCUGUGAGAGAGAGUGAGAUUGUGUGUGUGUGUGUGCGUGUGUGUGUAGCAGGCGCAUUAGUGUGUACAGACAUAAAUGUGUGCACAGGUACAUUGUUUAAAUGUGUGAACAUCUGCUUUAUUUUUCGUUUUUCGUUUUUGUAUAGCUACCACUUGUAAAUUGUGACAUGUGUCAAGAGUUUGUAAGCUGUAACUUUCUGAGAACUAUUGUACUAAAAUGCACUCAAUAAAGGCCUUGGAAAACAA